GCCGUCUUUUCUUUUUUCUUUUUUCUUUCUCGCUUUUCCUCCCAAUAUUCUCCUAUUCUCCCUCCUCUGUUUCUCUCUUCUUUUUUUCCCUUCUCACGUCUUGCUUGGCUCCAUGUCUCCUUGGCCAUCAUGACGUCGUUUCAGGACAGUGUAACUGUUGCGAGCUCCGCCGCUCUCCGUAUCGUCGCCUAUGUCUUUCUAAGAUGGAUACCGGCAAGUUUUUUGCCCAACGUCAUCUGGACCCUUUUCGCCAUUUACAUCCCCUCCUUUCUCACAAGCUUCUUCACGCGGUCACCAUACCAGGUCUUGGAGGAUGAAAUCCGCGUCACUAUAGCAGAGACAGAGACUGAGGAUCCGUCAACCGCUCCGCCGUCGACAGCUGGCGCUUCUCGAGAUCCUGGCACGGGAGACAGGCCGGCACGUUUUGAGGAAGUGGAAGUGGAUGAAACGGUGGUGGUAAAGAAAAGGUCACCCCGGCCAUGGCGGACAAUGUUGACAGGGCUCCCAAGCCCUACCUCUACGUUAUGGUCUCUGGCUACACUGUUGGUCAAUGUUCUCCUGGUUUUGGCUGCAGCAGAUCUCGUGUACCGGGCAAAGCUCUUCUACCCGAGUCAUGAUCUUUCAUUUGCUCGGAUGGGGUAUAUUUCGCCAACGGAGGCCAAUUUGCUCAUUCGAGAGCCACAUCCAUCUCAAUUGCCAAUCUCUGUCUCGUACCGACUUGUGACUCCUCCUGCUGCAUACGAGGACCCGGCAUGGCAACCUGCCGGCACCAUCACAUCCCUUGGAAGUGACACAGAUUAUACUGGCGUGGUAACCUUUCCUAUUCCCAUUCAUCCAGAUAGGACUUAUCAAUGGGCUACUUCCAACAAUCACACCGGAUUUUUCACUGUCCCUCCUAAGCCUGGACAGGUUCCGAAAACAGGGUUCACAUUCUUGACCACCAGCUGCAUCAAGGCCCGGUUCCCGUAUAAUCCACUUGAUCAACACCCGUUGAGUAUGCCCGGAUUCAGGUACAUGGCAGAUGUUAUCAAGUCCAUUCCAGGAGGCGCACAAUUCAUGCUCUUCCUUGGGGAUUUCAUUUACAUUGAUGUCCCAAAGAGAUUUGGUGUCACUGUCGAGGAUUACCGCAGGGAGUAUAGACAAGUCUACGCAUCACCUGAUUGGCCGGCUGUGGGUCAGAAUUUAAGCUGGAUCCACGUCUUGGAUGACCAUGAAAUCGAGAAUGAUUGGGACAAAAAUACCACCGGUGUGUAUAAGGCUGCGUCUGAUCCUUGGCACCACUAUCAAACUGCGGUAAAUCCACCAAAGGCACGCCAAGCCGGGAACUAUUACCAAGCUAGGGAGGGUGCAACCUAUUUUGAAUUUACCCAGGGUCCAGCAUCAUUUUUCAUGAUGGAUACCAGAACUUAUCGAGAUUCAUCUAGCCGACUCCCUGCGAACAGUACUGAGAAGACCAUGCUUGGAUCUGAGCAACUUGAGGAUCUUCUAGCAUUUUUGGCUAAGCCAGAACCAAAAGGCGUUAAAUGGAAGAUUAUUGCUUCCAGCGUCCCAUUUACGAAAAAUUGGCGCUUGAAUGCGCAGGAUACCUGGGCUGGGUAUCUCGGCGAACGUCAAAAAAUCCUGGAAGCGAUGUGGGAUGUAGGUCUUCAAGGCGGUGUUGGCGUCGUUAUUGUAUCUGGCGAUCGACAUGAGUUUGCGGCCACUGCUUUCCCACCACCAGUUGGUGGGAAGUGGCCGGUCAGUGCAACGGUCCAUGAAUUUUCGACGAGCCCGUUGAAUCAAUUCUAUCUACCAAUACCAUCUUAUUUCCAAACGGACGAGGAAGAUGUCAAAGUGAAGUAUAUUCCUAAUGGAAAUUCAAAGGUGGGAGCUAUUACUAUUGAUAAUACCUCUAGUGACCAGAGUAUCUUGAAGUUCCGUCUGUAUAUAGACGGGGUUGAGGCUUGGUCCUCAGUUCUCCUCUCGCCUCCCUCAAUAGCAGGGAGCCGCAGGGACAAGGAUGUUCUCUGGGGUUAGAAAUAGAAUGGAUCUAUUAGAGGAAAUAUUCAAAGCGGCGUUAGGGGUUCGAGAUAUAGACUGUCACUUGGAAUCAUGUAUUCAAAUCAAAGCCGCGUGAGUUCAGAGAGC